UGGGACGGGGCCGCGUCUGUGGCGAAUCUGCGGACGGGGUAGUUAUAUGGCGGAGGGAGCUGGUGUCCGUAGUUUUACCGGUCGGUCUGAUUUAUAAAUUAAACCGUGUUUAAACAGAGAAACAUGUCCGAGCAGAAAACCAACAAAGAGCAGAGAUACGACCGACAGCUGAGGCUGUGGGGAGAUCAUGGACAGGAAGCUCUGGAGAACGCACACACCUGUCUGCUGAACGCCUCAGCUACUGGAACCGAGAUCCUGAAGAACCUCAUCCUGCCAGGAAUUGGGGCGUUCACCAUCGUCGAUGGACACAAAGUGACCGGAGAGGACGUUGGGAACAAUUUCUUCCUCAGCUGUGAGAGCAUUGGGAAGAACAGGGCUCAGGCUGCUACAGAGUUCCUGCAGGAGCUGAAUAGUGAUGUUUCUGGAAACUUUGUGGAGGAGAGUCCUGAUAAACUGCUGGAUAAUGAUCCUGAAUUCUUCCACAGGUUCAGUUUGGUCAUCGGAGUCCAGCUUCCAGAGAGCACGUGUCAGCGGUUGGGGGCGGUGCUGUGGAGCGCCGGCGUGCCGUUCCUCGUGUGCAGGACGUACGGAUUGGUCGGUUAUAUGAGGCUGGUGGUGAAGGAGCACACCGUGGUGGAGUCUCAUCCGGAUAACGCUCUGGAGGACCUGAGGCUGGACCAGCCCUUCACUGAACUCCGCAACCACAUCUCCUCCUACCACCUCGAUAGCAUGGACAAGAAGGAUCACAGUCACACACCCUGGAUCAUCGUAAUCGCCAAAUAUCUGGAGAAAUGGUACAAUGAGCACAACUGUCAACUACCGAAAAACUACAAAGAAAAGGAGGUGUUCAGACAGCUGAUUAGAGACGGGAUCCGUAAGAACGAGAACGGCGCUCCUGAGGAAGAGGAGAACUUUGAUGAAGCGAUAAAGAACGUAAACACUGCCUUGAACCCCACAAAGAUCUCCAGCGCUGUGGACGAUAUCUUCAACUGUGUGCAGUGUGAGAACAUCACCUCACAGACCUCAGCGUUCUGGAUGAUGGCGCGUGGAGUGAGGGAUUUUGUGCAGAAUGAAGGGAACGGAAGCCUCCCGGUCCGAGGAACGAUUCCAGACAUGAUCGCAGACUCUGACAAAUUCAUCAACCUGCAGAAUGUCUACAGAGAGAAAGCACUGCAGGAUGCUGCUGUUGUAUCCAAACACAUACAGUCCCAUCUCCAGGCUGUGGGAAAGCCUUCAGAAAGCAUCUCUGAGCAGGACAUCAAGCUCUUCUGUAAGAGCGCAGCGUUUCUCAGGGUGGUGCGCUGCAGGAGUCUGGCUGAAGAGUACAGCACCGACACCUUCCAGAAAGACACCAUCACUUCCUGCAUGGACAGUCCAGACAGUGAAAUGGUUCUGUAUCUGAUGCUGCGCUCUGUCGACCGGUUCUACCAGCAGCACUCCCGCUACCCAGGUACCACCAGAACCCACAAACCAGACCUACGGCGAACAACUGGUGUGUAUAAUUACCAGGUGGAGGAGGACAUCAGUAAGCUGAAGCUGUGUGUGAACAGUCUGCUGCAGGAACACGGCCUCAGCGUGAACGUCAAAGACGACUAUGUCCACGAGUUCUGUCGUUACGGCGCUGCAGAACCGCACACAGUGGCGUCGUUUUUAGGAGGAGCAGCAGCUCAGGAAGCCAUUAAACUCAUCACACACCAGUUCGUCCCGUUCAACAACACGUUCAUCUACAACGCCAUGUCCCAGACCUCCGCCACCUUCCAGCUCUGAGACUCUAAACUCUCCUCUAAAUCUCAAGCGCUUUGUUUUAUACAGGAAGCUUCUGUCAAUCUGCUCAACAUAGUUGAGAAACAUCUUAACGUUUCUGCCGUACUAAUAAAUGUUGAACCUUUAAAGUU